GCCAAUGAGCUGGAGCGGCGAAAUCAACGGUUCAUCGCGGCCCUUGCUAGGGCGGAUCCGACGUUCGACCCCGCGAAGCAGACCCUCAUGGCCUCUCAGACCAGCGUGAUGGUGGUGGGCCGUGUUGUGUGCGAUGCAGAGGCAGCAUCGGCACGCCUCAACGAUUCCUCAGUGCUCCUGGAAGGAUGCAUCGACCCCUGCCAGGGUGUGAGGGUUCGGCUGGACUUGCGCCAUCUGCCCUCCUUCUCACUCUUCCCAGGGCAGAUCCUGGCCGUUGAAGGCAGCAAUCCCAGCGGCUACUGCCUCGUUGCCAAACGUAUUGUUGCUGCCCUGCCGUACCAGCCCGUGCCGAGCCUGGCAGGCUCGGGACCGCAGGCUCGGCGGCGGCCGAAGCGUGCGAAAACGGAAGGAGCGGGGAGGAGGAAAGGAGGAAGGGAGGCGGAAAGGAGAGGGGAAGAGAAAGGGAGUGGAGAGAAGGGAGAGGAGAGAGGGAAGGCAGGGGAGGAAGGUGGGGAAGCGACAGGAAAGAAGGAAGAGGAAGGGAAGGUUAAGGAGGAGGGGGGUGGACGGAGUAAGGUGAAUUUGCUUCCGUUUGGGCUUGAGGAUGUGAUAGCACUUGAUGAGAUAGAAGAGAUGAGGAAGCACGAUGGGGAGGGUGAGGGUGAGACGAGUUUCGAAAAUGGGGAGGGAUCUGCGAAGGCUGAUAGAGAGGAGGAGGUGGAGGGGGGGAAGGUGAAGAAAGAGGUGGGGGAGGAGGAGGAGAAGGAGGUUAAGGUUGAGGGUGAUGCUGAUAACAAAGCUGCUGGUGAUGGUGGGGAUGCGGGUGGUGAUGGAAAUGGGGAGAGCGGAGUGGAGAAAGGGACAGAGGAGAAGGUGGAUGGGGAUGCUGCUGGUGCUGCUGAUGCUGAUGGUGGUGCUGCUGGGGCGCAAGAGAAGGUGGAAGACCGAGCGGACAAAGCUGGGACUGAGGGUAUGGAGACGGAAGGGGUCAGAGCAGUGGAGAGCGGUGCUGUGGGUGUAAAGGCCGAGGGUAAUGAAGAGGAGGAAGAGGAAGACGACGAGAUCAGGAUUAUCGCUGCAGCAGGCCCUUUCACCACGAUUGACUCGUGGUCAUUCGAGCCGUUGAAAGACCUCAUCAGAUUUGCACUGCAGCGACCACCAGAUGUGCUGCUGCUGAUCGGCCCGUUCGUCGAUCGAGAGCAUCCUGAUGCGCGGGACGGCUGUGUUGAGCAGACCUACGAGACGCUCUUUCAGCAACACAUCCGCACGCAGGUGGAGGAAUAUUGUGAGCGGGCAGGAGGCAGCUGCAAGGUGCUGUUGCUGCCGUCACUCAGAGACGCCCACCACACCAUGAUAUUUCCUCAGCCUCCGUUUGACUCUUCUGACUUUGAAGACCCCCGCAAGCAAGUCCUCACACUUGGGAACCCCUCCGCCUUUACAAUUGAUAACCAGGUUGGCAUCGCCUGCUCUUCAACGGACAUCCUCCGCCACCUUAGCAAGGAGGAGAUUGCCCGCGUGGCGCCAGGAGACAGCGCCACGUCAGACCGCAUGUCCAGGCUGGCGGCGCACGUGAUUGGCCAGAGGAGCUUCUAUCCACUCUUCCCUCCACCCCCUGCAACCUGCCUCGACCUCUCCUGCUGCCCCCAAGCCCUGGACCUUCCGUUCGCUCCUCACCUCCUAUUCUUGCCAUCUGACCUAGUCCCUUUUGUCAAGGUUCUGCCCAUGCAACAACCACCACAACAACAGCAGCAACAGCAGCAGCAGCAGCAGCAGCAGCAGCAAGCAGUUACUGUGGACUCGGGCGCCAUGUUUUGGCGGGAGAAGUCCAUCACCUUCAAUUAUUGA